CGUACCGUUAACCUACCCUAGGGUACAGUACAACAUCGGUCGUCGGAGCUUCGGGACAAUAUCACCCGGGAAUACCCGUAAGCACGUGAAGCGGGGCCGGCCGAUUCUCGGAAGCGAGAUGAUCUGAUAAUCUUGAUCUGAUAAUGCAAGUGUCGUAAGCGUCAUUCAAUCAUCCUCACCUCACACAAUGUCGGAAGACACGGCUGCCAGCUUGCCGUCGCCGGCUUCCAAUGCGAGCAAUGCAAAUUCAGCCCAUUCGAAUGUUUCAUCACCGUCCUCUCCUGCCGAGACGCCCACUGCAAACUCAGUGCGCCCUUCAAGCUCGCGGGUCCUCAAUCCCGCUUCUAACAGCAACAACAUAGCCCCGAGUCUAGCUAUUGCCACGACUUCCUCGCUAGUGGCCGAAACGGCUGCGCCCUCCCCUGUAGGAGGAGCUUUUGCAGGCCCGACGAGCACCAACUAUGUAAUCCCUCCACGGCCCAAGCCCGGCCGCAAGCCUGCCACCGAUGAGCCGGCUUCGAAGCGCAAGGCUCAGAAUCGGGAGUCUCAGCGGGCCUUCAGGGCGAGGAAGGCUGCGAAGCUGAAUGAAAUGAAGACACAGGCCGAGAUCGCAGAGAUGCGGUAUAGACAGGAUAUAAAUGAGAAGAUGAUGGAGCUUGCCGACAAACAACAACACUUAAAGAAUUUGGAGGUUCUCAUUGCUCAGCUGAGGGAGUCUGAGCAGAAAGCAAUUCAAGAGCGGGACUCUUGGAAGCAGAAGACGCUGCAACUCGAGCACAUGGUUGCUCAAUUGAAAGAAGGACGCACUCCCACAUCUGACAGCAGCAAGGAAUAUGUCAUGGUAGACCGACCGCCCAGUCCGGAAUGGCAGGAUAGAUUCCAAACCGUUUCGGCCUUUACCCCGGCAUCAACUGUCUCGCAAAGUUACGAAGCAACCAAGACCACAGCUAUCACUUGUGGUAGUGAAUGCAAGGAUGGCGGCCGAUGCAUAUGUCUGGAGACCAUUGUUAACGAAACUGAGGCAGCCGUGUACACGGGCUCUAACUCCCUUACCAUUAGUACAACGCGCAUAUCAGUGUCCGAUACCAAAGAAAUUCCAACAACUACCGCAUCGGACGACCCGGCGCUGUUUGCUGAGCGCGAGAUUGACUUCACGGCUCAGUUCGCGACGAAGAAAACCAGGCCUGACCCUCGCCCUUCCAUCGCUUUUCUGACCCAGACGACUGCUGCAGAAACUGCCUGCGGGUUCUGCACCGCUGAGAGCUACUGCGUCUGUCGGGAUAUGAGUCUCCAGGACAUGUCCAAGACUGAGGACGAUGAUCCUCUUUCGCCAGCUUGUACUCGCAAUAGCAACCAUGCAAACAAGGUGCCGCCACAGUCCACCAGCGCCGCUCCUUCAGGGCCCGGCUCUUGCGACGCUUGUAUGAGAGACCCGAAGCAGAGAGCAUGGUGCCAGAGAGUUGCCGAACUCAAGAAUUCUGCCAGUAGCUACUGGAGCCCUGCUUCUACUCCUCCCCGCCAAACCGCCAGCAAUGACCCGCAACCCAUGGAGCCGCGUGCCAACUAUAGCUCCGUUCCGGAGAGAGAAAUAUCAAAGUCUUCUAUUGGAUGUAACGAAGCCUACAAACUAUUCCGUGGUCGAGUUCCUACCGAUCCCGACAGUAUGGACUGGACGACUCUCAAGCCCAUCUCUUCGCAUCCGCAGAACGAGAGACUGCCUGGCAUUAACGAGUCCAGAUAUAGUGCGCUGGAGCUCGAUACUGCCAGUGUGAUAGCUACGCUGCAACAUGCGCCUGUUCCGCUGAAGCCGAGGAAGCAGGAUGGUGCUCAUGCGGAUCUGGUGAGGAUCGCGGAGGAGUACCGGAGGAGCAGUAAUUCGCCGCGGAUGUAGACUGCGGAUCUGCUACUGCAGAGGUUUGGGUCUUUGGUUGGCUAUCGUGCUCUGCGGUAGACUCCAUGGAGAGCUUCAAACCCUGAAGGAAAACCUUACCGGGAUUCGGUCUAUGGUGUCUCUCCUAGAUGGGCACUCUUAGAGAAAGCAAGACGUUGGUAUUCCAGGUCCAUACGACAGUACGACACGUCAUACGCACCCGAAGCGGGAGGAUAGGAGCUUUUUCUGCCACUCUCUAGAG